CGCAGGCACUCAAGUACCGUCGUUCCAAGUCUAUAGCGAUUCCAAGCUAAACCAAACGUCUCGCUCUCGAUUUUGCCCAAAACCUCGCCCGCCGCACCCAACCCUCGCCGAUUUGCACCCUUCAGGGCAGACUAUUAUCUAUAAAUGAGGGGGAGAAGUUAUACUCCAUCACCGCCAAGGGGCUAUGGCAGGAGAGGACGGAGCCCUAGCCCUAGGGGUCGCCAUGGUGGUCAUAGUAGGGAUGCUCCUACUAGCCUUCUUGUUCGUAACCUUCGCCACGACUGUAGGCCAGAGGACCUUCGUAGACCAUUUGGGCAGUUUGGUAAUCUCAAAGAUAUUUACUUGCCAAAGGAUUACUAUACUGGAGAACCUCGUGGUUUUGGCUUUGUGCAAUUUGUUGACCCAGCCGAUGCUGCAGAGGCAAAAUAUCACAUGGAUGGUCAGAUCCUUCUUGGCCGUGAGUUGACUGUUGUCUUUGCGGAGGAGAACAGGAAGAAGCCGGUUGAUAUGAGGCAUAGGGAACGAGGAAGGGGUCGAUAUAAUGAUCGAAGACGGUCACCCCCACGUUACUCUCGCUCGCCUAGGUACUCCCGCUCUCCACCUCCACGUCGUGUAAGAUCUCGGUCCCGAAGCCGUGAUUAUUCCCCACCCCCAAAACAGAGGCAUGACUCAAGAUCUGUUUCACCCCAAGAGAGAAAGUACAGUCGAGAAAGGUCGUACCCUCGGCACAGUCGAGAGAGGUCAUAUUCGCGAUCUCCACCCUAUAAUGGCUCAAGGAGCCGGAGUCAAACUCCAUCUAGGGGCCCGAGCAGAAGCCGAAGUCCUAACCAUGAAGAGUACUCUAGGCAACCAAAUGGAGACAGGUCUCCUAGUCAGUGAUCUACUUGAAACAGUCCACUCUUAUGCUAGCUUGUUAUUGGAUUUAUUUUGCACUUUCUGUCGAGUUUAUGUUAGUUUCUGUUGUGCUCAACGAAUUUGAUCUAGAUUCUUGUUCUGUCCUGAUAUUUUAGAGUAUGCUUGUUGAUUGCAUAUGGUUAUGGAAGAUCUUGAAUCUAUGAAUUCUUUUGGAA